AUGGAGCCCGCUUGGGCAAGACCAGACCUUGCCCAUCCAGGGGCCAACGUGGCCGUGAAGGAGGAGCCGGGGGAGGAGCUGUGCAUCGGGCGUCCGCUGGAGCCAGCCGAGCCAGGAAGCUUGUCGCUGUCCAGCCCCACACCAGGGAUCAAGAAGGAGCUGGAAGAACCGUCGUACCACGUCGGUCUCUGGGAGGAGAGCGAUGGGGAGGCCAGCACUGAUUCCUCGGACACCAAGCCCGAUGUCAUUGUAAAGAUGGAACUGGAGGAGGAGGAGGAAGAGGAUGACGAUGACGAGGUGGGCGAGGAGGGCUUAGGCUGCUCCACCUCUCCUACUUCUCCCCCCCUGGCUGGAUGCUUGGAGCCGAGUGGCAAUGCGCCACACGGAAAGAUGGGCCAGGAGCCGUGCAGAGACAUCGCGGAAAGAACUCCUUCCCGGGGUUCGUCGAAGAGGAAAUGCAGCACAGCUCAGGGGGCACAGUCGCCCUCUCCUGGGGUUUGGGGUGCGGCUCCGGCACCCGUGCCUGUAUCUGGAAGAUCUCCCAGAGCUGCGGAAAUACUGACUGUGGUCGUCUCCGGCACGGCUGAAGCUGACCGGCGGCCAAAGAAUCCUGCCACUGAGCGACCCUUCGCCUGCAGCGUCUGCGGGAAGCGGUUCCAGCACCGGGGCAACCUAGUGACCCACCUGCGUGUCCACACGGGGGAGAAACCCUUCCCUUGCGCCGAGUGCGGGAAGAGCUUCAGCCAGAAGGGGGACCUGAUGCGCCACCUGCGUGUCCACACGGGGGAAAAGCCCUUCGAGUGCCCCGUCUGCGGCAAGAGCUUCUGCUCCAAGCAGACCUUCGUCCUGCACCAGCGCAUCCACACGGGCGAGAAGCCUUUCUCCUGCCCCGAGUGCGGGAAGCGCUUCAACCGUAAAGCCAACUUCGUCACCCACCAGAAGAUCCACCGGGGCGAGCGGCCCUUCGUCUGCGGCGAGUGCGGCAAGGGCUUCUGCGCCCGGAAGACUUUCAUCCUCCACCAGAAGAUCCACGUGGGUGACCGGCCAUUCGUCUGCCCUGACUGCGGGAAGAGCUUCAGCCGCAAUGGGGACCUCACCCGGCACCAGCGGAUCCACACCGGUGAGCGGCCUUUUGCCUGCGCCGACUGUGGGAAGAGCUUCAGCCACAACGGGGAACUGAUCAAGCACCAGCGCAUCCAUACUGGCGAGAAGCCCUUUUCCUGCGCUGACUGCGGGAAGAGCUUCAACCGCAAGGGGACUCUCGUCACCCACCAACGCAUCCACACUGGCGAGCGGCCCUUUGUCUGUGGCGAGUGCGGCAAGACUUUCAACCUGAAGACCACCCUGAUGAAGCACCGGCGGAUUCACACCGGCGAACGGCCCUUCCCCUGCCUGGAGUGCGGGAAGAGCUUCAAGUACAAGGGGAACCUACGGACUCACCACUUGACCCACACGGUGGAGCGGGUUUACCCUUGCACUGAGUGCGGCCUGGUGUUCGGCCAGCGGAAGGAGCUGAAGGGGCACCAGGCGGCCCACACAGGGCACCGCUUGCUGCCCUGCUACCGGGACGACGGGGAGAACGUGAACCCUUUCCUCCAGGUGCGCCCUCUCCUCCUCUCCUGCUCCCCGCUCCCCGUGCCCCUGGAGACCCUGACCAAGUUCAAGCAGGAAUCCAGCGGCAAAGGCCUUGGACUCGAAGAUGCCAAUGCUUAA